AUGGCGGCGCUGAAACUCUUUGUGUUCACCGUACUCCUUUCCCUAGUUCUCGCCCACAUCGGAGUCGGCGCUGAUGCCUCAAUCUCAGACGUCGAUGAAGAAGUCGAAGUCCCCAGAUCGGAGGGUCCGGAUUCAUCCAUCCUGGAGCAGUUAAAUUCCAAGAUCCAUAGCCUCGAAUCACAUGUCGAGAAAAAAAAUCAAGAAAUAAAAGACAAAGAUGAAGUGAUUGCUGCUAAAGAGAGGAUAAUCAAAGAAAAAUCAGAUAGCAUUGCAACAUUGGAGAAUGAAAUCUCAUCUCUGCAAAAAAAGGGCAAAUUAGAUGCUGCUGAACAGGUGGGAAAGGCACAUUCAAGAGCCAGCGAAUUGGAAAAAGAAGUGGAGAUACUGAGAAAAGAUAUUGAUUUAAAAAUUAAGGAAAAAGAGCUUUUGCAGGCCCGAAUAACAGAAGUUGAAACAAAGGGUUCUGAACUGAAUUCUAAAUUCGACCGUCUUCAAAAGAUCAUUGAUGAUCAGAAAACUAAGAUACGAAAGACUGAACGUGCUCUUCAAAUUGCCGAGGAAGAAAUGAUGAGGGCAAAGUUUGAAGCAACAUCCAAGAUCAAGGAGUUGAUGGAGAUUCGUGGUGCUUGGCUUCCGGCGUGGCUGGCAUUUCAUCUCAAUAACUAUCAGUCGCUUCUGGAGAAGAACUGGAAAGUGCAUGGAAAACCUGCUCUGGAGAUGUUGAUGCAGAAGGCUGUUGAAAAGAAGGCCCAAGCUGAACAGUGGGCUGCACCACAUGUAGAAACUAUUAAAACUAAAUGGGUACCAGCCGUUAAGGAACAGUGGGUUGUGAUAACCACUAAUGUUGAACCACAUGUUCAAACUUUGACAACUAGAGCUGUUGAGUUAUACGAAGUAUCAAAGGAUACUGUGACUCCUCACAUCAUUAAAGUUCAGGAAGUUGUCGAGCCUUAUUUUCAGGAACUGAGGAAACUCAGCAAACCAUAUAUCGAUCAGGUUGCCACAGCUGCAAAACCUCAUGUUGAUAAAUUACACACUGCUUUGAGGCCGUAUACGCAGCAGGCUGUGCAUGCCUAUGGGAAGUUUCUUGAGUCGGCAACUACAUAUCAUUCUCAGGUUCAAGAUGUAGUACACGAGAAACUGAACAGUCACGAGCUCACAAAGCCUCUUGCAACGAAAGAGUUGGUUUGGUUUUCUGCCUCUGCACUGCUGGCUUUGCCUGUCAUUUUUCUUUUGAAAAUAUUUUCAGCCACUUUUGGUAAUAGAAAGCCGAGAAAGCCUGUCCGAAAUGGUAAUGCACAUAAUUCCCGUCGCAAGGGAAAACGUGUACAUUCAGACAAAUGA